AUGGAUGCCGAUGUCGAUGGGAUCGAUAUCGACGACGAUGAUGACGACGAUGAUGACGACGAUGCUGGUAUACACAGCAUCACCAAUGACUGCCACAGUUAG